GAGACGUGAAAAUCAUUGUUUACGUCUGUCGUUGAAGUAGGUCAUUGUCAGAUUGACUGAUACCUUGCUGAGAUACAUUUGUGGUGUAACGUAUCAAGUUGAUAAAUCACGGACAGCAAACUGCUGGAAUAACCUUAGCCAAGACAGCGGUCUGAUCAAUACAACUCUGUGCGAGCUUCCGAGAAAGAGCAGGCUGGUGUUAUUUGCUCAGGUCGGUGGCGCCGCCCGCCAUGUCCCGACGCAGCCGGAACAGCCGGGCGUGGCGCUACGUUUGGAGCGGCAUCCGACGAGACGCGGACGUCCGGGCGCUGGUCCUGGCCUCUGAGAGCGAGGACUGGCGGUACGAUCGCCUGCAGUACAGCGACUCGGACUCGGAGCCGGAGUUCCCCCCGGUCCUGCCCGCCGCGCCCAGCGCCGUGCCCGUGACGGGGGAGUCGUACUGUGGCUGCGACUCCCAGGCCGAGCCCGCCCACAACCACCGCGUCCUCCGGGCCUUCCACCGUGCCAAGGACUGCCGCUGCGGGGAGGACGACCAGGACUUCGACUGGGUGUGGGACGACGGCGGGAGGUCCACGGCGACCCUGCUGAGCUGCGACAACCGGAAGGUCAGCUUCCACACGGAGUACAGCUGCGGCACGGCUGCCGUCCGGGGAUCCAAGCCCCUGGCCGACGGCCAACACUUCUGGGAGAUCAAGAUGACCUCCCCCGUCUACGGCACUGACAUGAUGGUGGGCAUUGGGACAUCAGACGUGAACCUGGACAAGUACAGACACACCUUCUGCAGUCUACUGGGGAAGGACGAGGACAGCUGGGGGCUCUCAUACACAGGCCUGCUCCAUCACAGAGGGGACAAGGUCAACUUCUCCUCGCGUUUCGGCCAAGGCUCCAUCAUCGGGGUGCACCUGGACACGUGGCACGGGACCCUCACCUUUUUCAAGAACCGCAAGUGCAUAGGGGUCGCCGCCACUGAGCUGCACAACAAGAAGCUGUACCCCAUGGCCUGCUCCACGGCGGCCAAGAGCAGCAUGAAGGUGAUCCGCUCCUGCUUCGCGCCCACCUCCCUGCAGUACCUGUGCUGCGCCCGGCUGCGGCGUCUGCUGCCCGACCGCGCCGACGCGCUGGGGCUCCUCCCCCUGCCGCCGGGGCUCCGCCUCCUGCUGCACAACAAGCUGGGCUGGGUGCUGAGCCUCCCGGACGACGGGGCGGCGCCCGCCUCCCACCCGCCCACGCCCACGCCGCCGUCGUCCGGGAGCGACUCGGAGGGCUGCUCGUCCGACCCUGAGGCCUGGCAGAGGAAGCGCUGCCGCUGGACCUAGCCCCGCCCCUUCCGCGCCCCCCCCCCCCAACCCCUCCAGAACCCGCGAACGGUGAACGGACGACCGUAUUCUGCCCGAAACCGACCCUGCUGGCUUCUGACUUUUUAACAAAACUUCUAGCAUCGAUAUUUCUGUGCUUCCCCCCCCCAGUCCCCCCGUCCCCACCGCACCCCUUUUGAGCGGGAUCCAGCCCUUCCCUCUCACGGCGAAGUUCCGAAAAAAAUGCUUGCCCGCUUUAGGCCUGCCUUCCGUCGUCCCGUGUCGGAACGGGCUCGCGGACGGGUGCUGGGGUCACACCCGAGGACCGAAAUUACUGCUGGGACAUCGUGCGUAGCCCAACCACCCCCCUCCCCCUCCCUCCGUUCCGGGACUUGUACAUCCCAUAACUUUACACGCAGAAAUCGAGCAGUAUGAGUUUAACAGUAGUAGAAUUACGUUUGCAACAAGGGUAUGCUGAACUUUUGAAAGAGCUCUUUGGAGUGCACUGGUGGAGAUAUCCUGUGUUUGCUUAACCUGUCACUGUUCUAAUGCCAAACUCUCUGACGCCGGGAAUAUGUCUAUUCCCUGUUCACAGUCAAAGAAGUGAGGGUAUAAAACAGAAAGGAUGAUGGGACAUUAUGCAGACGUAUUUAUCUUUUACUACUUAAACCGUCUAUCAUCAGUAUUUCUAGUUCCUUUGUUAUGUUAUUAGGUCAUUGGGGUUUUCCAGAAAUGAGGACGCUCCCUAAACGCGACAUUAAAGAGCAAGAGUAAGCACUGCACUACUAUGUGGGCUCACGGAAUCCAGGUUAUUAAUUUGGUGACGCCCCCUUAGUGGUUUAAUAUUUGAAUGCAUUUAGGCCUGUCGGUUUUAUGAUAACAGUUGGACCUCAGCUGAUUUCUCACAUUACGAGCACGUUAUGCAGCUCAAAUGGUCCCAUUCUGGAUGGGUUCUGGGUGUUCAAAGCCAGCUUAAAUCCAAAAUUAAAUUUAAAAUCAAUUGCCGAUGUGCAGUUUCUGUUGAACGUAAAACGGGGACACGAGAGAAGCGUAUGGACUCCGAAUGUCUUUGGGCCAUGUUCAGCACUGAAAUAUGUUAUCCAAGACUAGACGAUGAAGAGGAGUCGGUAUUGGGAAGUACGAUGUCCAGUCUACCAGAGUUCAUGUAGCCUACUGAGUGAGUUCCUGCCUUCUCAUCUGCGACAGGAAGUGACUCAUCACAACCCGAUGUAAAUGACACAAUCUUUGUUUUUCACUCAGAUUCCCAUGAUGCAGUUUCUGAGGAUGCGGUGGUAAUUGCUAUACUGAUAGCAGCGAUGUCAUUUGGUUUUCACUCCGUAUUGGUAUUGGGUAAUUGUUUUUUUUUUUUUAAAGAACGAAAUACUCGUUGCAGUCAGAGAGUUUGUCAGUUUUUACGCCAAAUUUCCUUGAACUUCCUUUCUUCCGGUUGACUUCUGAAGACCAGGCCUUGGAGCAAGUUCCUCUCUGGAAAGGGUACUUUUCAAAAAGCUUCCAUACGGUCGACUUGUUUGUAUUACGUUGCUCUUUCGAAAAAGGUGUACAGUUUUUGAUUUUGUGUCCCAAGUUUGACUGCAUUCGGUGUCCAUUUUCUUAUGCAGGCUGUAGCCCUGUUUUAAAUGAGCUUUGGUCUGUAGUAUGACAAAUAAUAAUUUUAAAAAAUUACCUGAGUUAAUUUGAACCCUUUAAUAGAGCAGUGUGCACGUCUGCAGGAUACAUCGGUGGUUCCCCUUAUUCCGCUGUUGCUUUCAACAUGUAAAAAUGUAACAUUUUUAAAUAAAUAUAUUAUUCAGAAUAACUGUGGUGUCAGGAAAAAAAAUCAGCUUAGAAACCUCGUUGUUAAUGAAUAAAUGUACAAAUUUGAAAAUUCACCGUGCCAAGCCUUCUGUUAAACAUAGAGGCGAGCUAAACUAUUCAGGCAAGCGGCGUCUCGUUUUAUCAAAGUUUAUUUUUCAAUGAAAUAAACGAAAUCUGUAACCUAUGCAGUAUACACUCCCAGUUGACAAAUAGUGAUUAAGCUUGUCCCUUUCAAAAGAUUUCUGAGGCUUUCUGAGGAAAACAGGACUUGUCUAGCCAAACACGCAUCUGUCAACCGCUCUUUUAGAGCCAUUGAGCUUCUAAACUGUCCAUGAGUCACAUUUUUUUAGUAUUUGUUCUUUUUACCAUUAAUGCACCUUUCUUGGUGAAAUUAAGAUAUUUUCAGAUGAUUUAUCAACGCAUCCUGAAGCAAUCCACUACCAGCUGUCAAUUUUGCAAUUUCACUUUGCAUUCCAGGGGAUUAAUAUAUUGUCGUUUGUAAUGCAGUAAUUCCCUUGCUGUAACACGUCAUGUUUUUGCACCUGUGUCAUACCUUCACGUUGAAAUGUAACGCUCCACCUCAGCCCUGUGUAUUCCGAAAUUAUUGCAUACCUUUGUUGUAAUUAAAAGUUUUAACAAGAAA